AUGAUUAAAAGUAUCAUUAAACUUAGUAUAGCACAACCAUUUAAUAUUAUUUUUAUUCAAAUACCUAGUCAAUAUGAUUAUUUAGCAGUAUUAAGAGAAAUAUUUAUACUUUUAGAGAAAAUUUAUACUGAAAUAUUACCAAAACAACGUUGUUUUUCAAUUGAAGAACUUCUUAAUAAAACAUUUGUUAAUUAUGAAUAUUUUAAUCAUCAUAUGUGUAUUUGUGAUCUUGAUCGAUUUUCUAAUUGUUUUAUUUUUAAUCAUACAAUAAAUUAUGGUUGUCAUGGAUAUAAUGAUUGUGAAAAUAAAGCACAAUGUUUUCAAAAUAAUCAAACAUGUCCAAUGUAUAUAUGA